AUGGCUGUCGUGGACCCGGGAAGCUAUGUUUACCGUGUCUAUAUAUCCGGCGUCAAGGCCGACUGCAGGCUAUCACAACUAUCGAGCGCUGGCCUUUCAACCAUCCCGGCGUCUUCCGCAGAUAUGACGACAACACCGCGACAACUUGUUGAAAAGAUUGCCCGGACUCACCCGACGGUUUGCCACGGAAAAUGCUCGACAUUCUCAGAAUUCAGCUUGUCCGUCGCCACAUUCUUCUCACCCCACAAUCCGAAUGACCCCGAUAUGAAACUACCGAACAUAAGAGAACGCGACGACAACAUGCUCAAUAUCGAUGAAGCAAUACGAUUGCCUCCCUCAGUAUCUGCAGAUGUCGAAGGAAAACAGAUGGUGCAUCUACUUGUCGUCUUGGACGAAGAACUACAAAAAUUCAGCGACUCCCGGGCCGCCCAGUCAGUCACUGUUUCCAAUACGGAGCCUACAUCCGAGCGCUACUACUUCGCUCACGUUCGUAAUGCGCCGGACGACUGCUCUCUCCACGAUACCAAAGAUCUCAUUCUACUGCCGUUGGAAUGGGUUCCCUCAAAUGAGGACAACGCAGUAACGGUGAAGGUCCUGUGCCAACUAGUCAUCGAACAGCAUCGAUCGGAAUGCCACGAGGCCUGUGCGCUGCUCAAGUUAUUGGGGGCCGGCGUAGCACCCCCCAUAUUCUAUAGCCCAAGCAGCGCGGAUGAUACAAGUAUGCGCGCCAAAGGGGGCGAUGGCACGACACUUGUACGUCGCCAAAACAAUGUCAUCCGCCCAGAAGCUUCUCUCCGGGUCCAAGCCCAACCGUCAGAGCCCGCUGGAAGCCUCGUCCAUUUAUUGAUUUUUUUACCGCCUGGUAGCGUUAUGAAGAGGCCCGCGCCGAACGCCGAGUCAAAUAGGGGAAGCAUUUUGAACACACCUUCAUCAAAACGACGCCGUUUGAAUGUGGAACACGAACCUCGCAACGCCGACGAUCCUGAGGUCGUGCCAGUGGGUGGCCUUGAAUCAAGAUUAUGGCAAGUGAAAAACAGCAAUCCGAUGUAUCAUGCCGACUAUUCUAUGGAGACAUUUGAUGGGCAGUGGAAAAACACGCUUUUCAAUGACCUGACCACACUGGCGGAAGAUCUUCGAAAAGCGGCUUACGAUGAAUCAGAUGGUUCAACAAGAGCGUACAUCAACCACCCCGCUUGCGUUCAGUUAGCACCGUACAUCAUUAGCGCGCUCAUUGCUCUCUGUGAUCCUACAGUGGGGGAAACGACAUGGAAAAGGUGUUUUGGGUAUUCCAACACAGAGCCCCCCGAAAGGAUGUUCGCCCUCUCGUUGGAGAUUCAAAUUUCCGCGAAUCUGCAUGCAAAUUUUUUAUUGCAGCAACUGAAGAUCUUCUGGAUAUCGUACCAAAGGAAGACAGGCGAACAACGAGAGAUAGAUGCAGAAACUCCGCAUGUAUUUCUCAAAUCCAUGUUGGAGACGAUGAAAAAGAACCACAAGAAAUUAUUCUUCGCUGUUGUCUUUCAUCCCGCCAUCUUGCGAGGGAAUCCGGGAGUAUUCAAGCUUGGAGAGCAAGGCUACAAAGAGAUCGCCAAAGUCUUGGAAGAAUACAAAGAGAAUGUCGUCGUUCUAAGCGUAGCGCCAUGCCCUGGCGUAAAUUUUUUGACCUAUGAUGAGGUCAUCAAAUUUAGCUCAGGCCGUCCACCAACUGACCUGCUUUUCUAUCCGGAGUUCAUGCGACACUGGGGCUUUGACCAUAAACAGGUCAAGAUUCUUGUCAGGCAUUACGGCGGCAGAGAAACAGCAGAAAUUCGACAAAGAGCAAGCAAUGUCUUGGAAGAACGAUGUCAGGUCAUGUAUCAUGAUGGCUUAGACGGCACGAAUACCUCCGAAUCAUCGCGUUUUUAUCCCUAUGCGCCGGUUAUAACAGUGAUGGGGGCUUUGUGGAGCGGUUCAGAGCCCAAGAUACAAGAAGUCUUGUCCAAGUUGCGUGGCUUUCCUAAUAUGGCCCAAUGGCAAUGGAACGGUGUUGCUGUAAUUGCCCAUGCCACAGUCCGCGAGGAUCGUGCUUUGCUCAACACCCUGUUAUAUGGUCAAGAUGACUCGAAGGUGCAACCCGAGGCCGAGUAUGACUCUCCUCCGUUUUUCGCGCUCGAUGACAUCGGUUGCAAAAUUGUCGCAGCACAUCUUCAGCUCGGGCGGCCUGACAACUCGUACCGUGACUCGGACGUCCCAAGUACGCCAGCUAUACAGCCCCUCCUGCUUUUCCGGUACAUGAAAGCAAUGGGCAUGGUUGACAUGUCCUUCCAGCGAGGGGUACUAGUGCAUAAAGUGUCUAUACGAUUUGUCAACCAGCACAUGCAGCACUGGGCGGCUAAAUCGGUGGCAUUCAACUACGAUCAGCUUGGGUUCUGUAUCCACGAUAUCGCAAAUGGACUCAAGCCAGAAUUCACAGUCGCAUCGUGGAUUGGUUUUUGGGCCCGCACCCCCAUCAUCGGCUGA